GUUCUAAGUUCAAGCGACACUUGGAGGCCGAAAUCUGCAACAAUGUUCCGAUUUCACAAACCGCUCGACAUCAUCACGCUCUUCCACAAGGCGAGCUCGCCCGCAUCGAUGCGUCUCGCCGCCGCGCUGAGGCAGGCGUCGGCCGCCGCCUCGGAGACGUCGACCGAGGACCAGGCCAGCGACCACUCGGCCCAGAGCGAGGCCGAGCGCCGCCCGGAGUUCAAGCUCGAGAUCACCGAGAACCCGCCGACGCCGGACCAGCUGCGGACAAUCCUCGAGUACGCCGGCAGGCACCGCAUCUCCAGCAUCGUCAAGGGCGCCACCGACGAGCGGGAGGCCAUGAGGAAGUUCCACGAGAAUGUCGAGAACUUCCAGCGCCCCGUGGUCGUGGACUGGAACAAUGGCAGGGCGCAGGCAGGGGAGAACGAGUCCGAAAUCCUCAAGAUGAUCAACGCGCUGCCCAAGUAGGGCCGCGCUGUGAGCAUCGGGUGGAUGCUGGAUAGUCUCUCCAUUUUCUUUGUGCCGGCUCAUGCUUCCGGCAUUCAUGCAGGAAAAGAACUUGAUCCCCCGGCCAUGUCCGCCUUUCUCCGCUCUUCAUUGUAUGUACCAUUUCCCCAUGCAUCAGCAGCGGAUGUGCCGUCUUUUUCUAGAGUGUCUUAGACUUGCUUUUGAUCUUCUGUCCGGCUGCAUGUGGUGAAUGUCGAGCAAGGGAAUUUUG